AGCUGCGCAUGUUCGGGAAGAACGGAUGGAUGAUAUACCGAAGCUCCUGGCCUUCUUUAGAGAGUGCAAAGCAAAUAAUCCACAAUUCUUUUAUGAGUUCCAACUUGAUGAUAAGAACGUCGUCAAGAAUGUCUUUUGGAGCCACGCCAGUCAACAGGGUGACUAUGCAGACUACUCUAGCGUGGUGACAUUUGACACGACGUACCGCACCAAUCAAUAUAGCGUGCCUUUAGCAAUGUUUGUUGGAUUCAACAACAAGUUGCAAAAUGUUGUUUUUGGUCAGGCAUUGUUGAGGGACGAAAGAGCAGAUACCUUUGAGUGGUUGUUCAAGCAAUUUAGAGCUUGUAUGGGGGGCAAGGAUCCUAUUGUUAUCUUCACAGAUCAAGAUUCUUCAAUUGAGAAGGCAAUAAAUUUGGUAUUUGAAAAGACGUACCACAGAUAUUGCCGCUGGCAUGUCACGAACAAGUUUCGGAAUGAGCUGAAUCAGCUUAAUACCCAACAUCCCGGACUGUCUGAAACCUUAACUUCUGUUAUCAAUCAUCCACUCAGACCGAUUGAAUUUGAGCAAGCCUGGGCUGCAAUGCUUGACAAAUAUGAAGUUCAUGAGUCCAAAGUGCUGAUGAAGUUGUACGACGAAAGGAACAUGUGGGUGGGUGCUUAUUUCAAAGAGAUAUUCUGCGGGACGAUGACUUCGACACAAAGAAGUGAGAGUGUCAAUUCUACCGUCAAGCAUGGUUAUUGUGACAAUUCAACGGCAAUACAUGAGUUUGCGAAGUCAUUCUUGGAACUUUUGGCGCAUAAUAAGGAGAAAGAGGCAGAAGAGGAGUUCAAUUCGCAGGCCCCGGUUAUUGCCUCGACAUUUUAUGGCUACGACAAUCAGCUUAGCAGAGUGUACACCAGAGCUGUGUACAAGGUGUUCGUGAGUAGACUCAAAUCAAGCACUGCUUUCCGUGUGCGUCCAGACCCGGACAAGGCUGGUUACUACCUGGUGAAGCACACAAGGCCCCCAACUGAUUUCCCUUGGUUAUGUCAUGAAUUUUGGGUGAAAGCUGUAGUGAAUGAGGAAAUUCCUGAGGAAUCAGAAUUUAAUUGCGAGUGCAUGAGAAUUGAGCACACGGUAUGUUUUGCCCGCAUCUUUUGUGUGUGCUUACAAACCUGCAAGUGGCACAUAUCCCAUCCCGGUAUAUCCCCAAAAGAUAUACAAGGAAUGCCAGGGAAGCUACCCCCUUUGAUAGACACGAUAAAGUAUAUGUUGGACCGAGUGGAGACACUAAAGCAAGCCGCAUGCUGGAGCUAUUACCUGAUUGGUGUGCACUGCAACAGAAGUCUGUCAUGUCCAGUGAGCCAAGUGCAAAGAAUUGCUUCGCCAGGCACUUCAAGUUGUUGACCAGAUACCUCAUGAUUUGGGUCCACCAAAUGCUGCAUUAGGGGUGGCACAUGAUUUGGAUCCACCAGCUGCUGCAUCAGGGGUGCCGGUUGGGCAGAAUCAUGUUGUAUCAGCAUCGGCCCCCCCAAUCUCUAGCACAAAAGGGAGCCGUACAAAGGGGGUGGAGGGUGUUGAUCUCCCGGCCCCACACUUCAAAAGACCGCAAGGAAAAAACCGUAAGCGUUGCUGUAAGAGAUGCAAUAAGAGCGGACACAAUAUUACUACAUGUGGGAGAGAAGCCCCACCUCCCAAAAGGCCUAGGGGCAGGCCCGUGGGGAGUGGAACAAGAAAGAGGAAGGGUAGCUAUGAGAGCGAUGACACACAAGAUGACCUUGCUUCUGAAAUGGA